UUAAAUACGAGAUAGGAUACGAGCUGUGAAUAUUUAACUUGUUUUAUUUAUAUAUAAAUAUUAUACCAAUUGUGAAACGUAUGCUUGCUCUGACACAACGAAAAUCGUCGUACAAACAGAAAUAUCGAUUCUCUGGAAAAUUAAAUUAACGUCGUGUUAACGUAUUGCGUAAUUAAAUAUUAUCUUGGUAGUUAUAUUUUAUUUAAAACACGUGUUAUAAAAUAUUCGCGCAUCAAAGCGGAGUUAAUGAAAAAUGCAGAGGUAUACUCUUAGCAUGUAAUUUUUUAAUUUAUAUUUCCAACGACGUUUUACGUGAUUUUAAUCUUCUACGUGCAUAUUACAUGUCACAACGAUCGAUACUUUCAAAAGAAACUCAUUAAUUAUUGACUUCUUAAUCGCAUGUUAAUUACAUACAUUGGAGCGAUCUAUUAGUUUAAAGAGAAUUCAUUAUCAAAAUGUACCAAGCACGUUUGCGUUGAAUUUUAAUUAAUAUUAACUAAUUUAAUCGCUAGAUACGUUACGACUAUUCGAUUUGUAUGAUAAUAGGUACAUUAGUGAAACGCGCGUCUAGAAAAUCAUCUUGAAAAUGUCUCAACGAUAUGAAUCGUAAGGUUGACCAAUGUCGAUAUUUAAAAAAUGAUAAUAAAUUGACGAAUGCAAGGAAGUUUUUACACCAGGAAAUAUUUAGAAAAGAGUAAGAGCAUCGGGAUAAUAGAGACUUGUUGACAAUAGGGUGCUCGUGACAAUAGACGAUAGAAUAGAAUGGCGAAUAGCGAUUCGUAGCGACGAAAUAGAAUGGACAAUAGGUGCUUGACAAUAGAAGAUUCUACAUGAUGACUCAUACAAACGUAGAGAAAUUAUCUAUAAAUAAUUAUGUAUUUCAUUUUCCAGGAAUCUACAACUUCGUUUAUCUCUAAGCUUUUAUUUCAACCAAUUAGUUUCCACGAAAAUACGAUCACUUCUAGCUUUUAUCGUUGAACCGAAUUUAAACAAAAAAUCUUGACAAUAGAAAUUCUCAGCAAAUCCAGGUUCGUUGUUGAUGAACGAUAAUUUACAAAAUAAUUAAAAACAUCUACUGUCUAUUAAUAAAUCAUGCGAGCGUUUGAUUCGUUCGUAAAUAAUAUAGGAAAAAGAGAAGAAGAAGCAGAGAGAAGAAAAACUAGGAAGUAUCGAACAUAGUGUAAAUAACGUAGCAAAAAACAUAAAAAAAAGGGAAACUAGAAAGUAUUUAGCGUACGAUAAAGCAUCUUCUUCUCGUCACUGUUCCACGCGAAUGAAUGAAAUGAAAGCGACAACGCGACCGAUGGAGAAACGUAGCUAACGAGCAUCGCUUCGUUCAACACAGGUUACCGCUUCUGUCCGUGUUGCCUGAGAUUUAGUACAGAUAAAAAAAAAGGGGUAUCAAGUAAGAAACGAGUGGACCAUCGGAUCAGAAUUUUCUCUCGCGUAGUCGGUAUACGCGUAAUUGCCACAGAGUGGGGAAAAAUAUAAAAGAAAGUUUAGCGGAUGAAAACUUUCGAGUGAUGUGACGACGCACAUGGACGUUGCCUCGUGAACGAAAUCAUCGACGAUUCGUUAUUCCGUGCAGAAAUGCAUGAAACGACGCUUCGCCUCGCGAUUUGUCUCCGUUCUCUUCGAUCGCAGUGAACGAUAGAACUCGAAUCGCUCGAAAGUGGCGAAGUGCACCACGCGUGUUUGUACGAUCGUCAGAUUCGGCUAUGUUAUUUUAAAUCACGAACUUUAUUCGAAUAAAUAUAACAGUGCAACGGGGUAAUUGUACAAAGUGGAGUUUCUUAAUUUCGAAAAUGAAUAUACUUAUACGGGUGAGUACUAAUUACAUUACGAUUUACCACGUCGAGUUUCGUCGAAUAUUUACGUCACGUUGGCACAUUGAUUAAUUUUCUGAAUGGAGCUGCAAUCACGUAUACGAGAGGCACAACGUGCGUGGCUCUGUCUUCUUUCCCGUUCGUCUCGUAACACAUUUUCACGGGGUAUAAUAAAACGGUAUCUGACCGAUUCUCAUCGUCGACGUUUAUCAUAACGCGUUGUCAUGGCGCUGUUUCAUUGUCGAAAUCGAUAGAAGCGUCAAGAACUAUCAAUAGGAUCGAAAUUGAGAAACUGAUUGUAUGCAGACAACUCGAUAACUUGAAACACGGAGACUGUAUAAUAUGAUUUGACGCGUGAAACAAUUGCAUACUAUAUGAACGAAGAAAGAACAGCGGAUCGUACGAUAAUUUCUCGAAUAACGUCAGUUAGAUUGUAAUAACGUAAACGACAAAUAACUCAAAUUCGAAGUUAGGAACACCGUUAAAUUUCAGCUACUAUAUAUUAAUAAAUUAUGAAAAAAAGACUAAAAAUUAAUCAAAGUUGUAAGAAGAUACGUUUUUAUCUCGUUCGAUCGCUUUUUCAAUCGUAUAAAAUCAAUAAUUUGUUGCUUCACUAGCGCUGUUUUCUAGUUGCACUUUUCGCGUUGCUGUUCGAAAUUAUCGAAAUGGGAGACGGUUACAAACUGAUCAGGCCGUACAAGUACUAUCAACGUAGACCAUGGUGGCGGCCUCGAUCGUACGCGGAUCACAAAUCAUCCAAGUUCUACCAUUCUAAGAGGAUAUCACCGGAAGACCAUUAUUCUCGAAGGCCAAGUUAUAAUAGACGUUUCAGAUAUGGUUCUACGAGAGACGAUUUUGAUGGACGCGCCGAAAAUCAUCAUCCUUACACCAUCGUGAUACAAUUGCCUAAAGAAGAAGAUAAAUACGAAGACGAUAAUUAUGAAAAGCGAAAAAGGGAUUACGAAAGAAUUUCUAUACCUGUGUAUACUAUUGAAAAUGAUUAUAUCGAGGAUGAAGAUGACGUUGAAUCGAAAGUGGUGAACGUUAAUAACAAAAAGAUGCAGAUAAAGAUGGUCAAAGGUGAAAAUCCCAAACUGCAUAUCAAAAUAUCAAGAUCGGACAGUGACAAAAAUAUAAAGAUUAUAGAUAAAACGAAUACCACCGAAGUAAAUUUACCAUCAUUAUCAAGAACGUAUGCAAAUUUAACAACACCCGUGCCACAAUCAACGGAAUAUUGGGCUCCAACACCUCAUUUUGAAAAUAUUCGACAGAAACGAAUUUAGAAAUUCUAAUUUGUAUUUAAAAUGGUAUUUCUAUCAAGCUUAAAAUUAAAUUAUCGUUUGAUAAAA